AGAGAUACGAACCUAGUAAAGUAAAACUAGCAAGGAGUAAAUUCGCAACAAUAUUAUACAGAUGCCCCGUUACACCAAUCUACGAUUCUUGAUUAUUGUUUUCGCUAGUACUGCUUUAGCCCUCUGCUGUCUGGGUUAAAAUUUAACUGAAUUCAAAUUUAAUUUAUAUAAUUUGUUUUACAAAUACUAUAUACAUAUUGUUUACAUUGCUAAAUACUAACUGUAUUGCUGUUUAUAUAAAAAUAGUUAAAUAGAUAUGUUUUAAAAAUUAUUAUCAUAUCACGUAUAGCGUGGAUAAAAACCACUUUUACUGCAACCACAGCUAAGUUUGCUUACAACUUAUUUUUGACAUUUUACCUACUCUUCAUGACAAUCCACGGAUAUAUGAAUUCCAAUUGGUUAAAAGUAAAGAAUUUUCAGUUGGUACAACAAUAAAAUUUUGUUAUAGUGGGAUUUAUUUUAAACCGUUUUAUUCCGUUUAUAAAAAAUUUCCUGCUGUAAUUGUGACUUUGUUAAUAUUAUUUACAUAUACGAAUACCUAAACUCGUAAUAUUGUGCAACAAAUAGAACUGUUUAAAUGCAUGCAAUCUCGUCACAACGCGCUUCACAUUUCAGCAAAUAAGAGGUGAACAAAUUUUGUGAAGUCUGAAAUGUCUACCCACGACGGAUCUUAUAGCGAGGAGGCAUACUGUUCUGUGCCCAGUACUGUUGGUGUGGAGAUGACGUCGCAGUUGUUAGCACAACGUAUGAACCAGGCAGCAGCUCAACCACAAACACUUUUAAUGGGACCUCCAUAUAUGUCACCCGCAUCACAAACACAGCAACAACAGCAUCAAUUCCAACACUACAAUGAAUAUUAUUAUAAUUUGUACUCCUCACAACCUGGGCAACCGGAAACUUACUCAGUGCUUCCAGUUGGUCAUGGAAACUUUUUAAAAGUUUAUCACUGCCAAGAAAAUGCAGCUAAUGCAGCAUUAGCCAACGAAGCCAAUGCUUUAUAUCACGGACAGUCCCCACAGCAGGCUCCCCAAUCGCAAUAUCAACAGCAGGCUCCACCUUCGCAAUAUCAGCAGCCACAACCAGCGUUCCAUAUACAUCAAUCGCAGGCACAGCCCCCAACUCCUCAAUACUUUAAUAGCUACGAGCUUUUCUCAAGCAACACCUUGAUGCCAACACCUGAUAACCAGCCUACUCUGAAUCGACCUGAUAUUAAAACUGGAACUUUACAAGUGACCCAACAUACACCCAUAUUUAUGGUGAAUAAUCAUGAAGAACCUAUUUGUCAGCAAGGUGCUAAUACCGCAUCAGCCAAUAUGAUAAUAAACAAUCUUGUACAUAAUUGGUCACCGAAAGUAACUGGUGCACCCAUUCAACAGCUUCCAAUGCAAUCACAAAAUGCAUUGAAUUCAGAGACAUAUAACACUGCCAUUGAGCAAGAAAUAACAAGUAUAGGAAGUGAUCAAAUUAUGUCCAACAACAAUCCUGAUGUAGUUGAAGAGUCAAUACAAUUUUCGAUUUCUUCAACCGCUAUUCAAUCGCAAUCAACGCCAGUAUCGGGAACUGUUCCAGAGACAGACACUAUGGAUAAUGAAAUUCGGUGCAAUUCCAAAGAAGCUCUCACACCAACAUCAACUAUUUCCGUUUCAAUAUCACCAACUAAUCUAAUUGCUCCUGAGGUGAAGAAGCGAAUUGUUGCCGAAGUAAAACCGAUGCGAAUGUCCUAUUCAGAUGUUCUAAGCAAAGUAAAUAAUCAAUCUGAUGCAACACAGUUACAUUACAAUUAUAGGCAGUCACAAGCCGGAAGAUGCGGAAAAAACAUAACAUCGGACCGGAAAGGAGGAGAUAUGAAGAACAGUAUGGAUAACUCUUCGGGAAAUGUAGGGCUAACCCGAAGACAAAUAAGUUUUGAAGAUGAGACAGGAGGGCGCUCAAGUAAAAAAUCUCCAACGCAUGAAAACAAAGAAAAUUUACAGCAAUUUCAAAAUGGUGGUGUAUCUAAAAACACGAAGCGGAUAAAUCAAAGCAGCAUUACUGUAAGCGCCAAUUCGAUUUCGAACAAUAUCAGUAGCAAUAAUAAUACUCAAAACAAGGUUGGGCAAAAGGGGAACCAAAAGAUAAACAUCUCAGAAACAAGCGUAAAUCCUACUGGUUUUAAUAAAAGCAACAACAACAUAAAUAAAAAACGCAACAAUCAUCGACGCAACGAAAUCGAAAGCAAUAAAAUCGAAAUGAAUAGCAACAAGAAUCCAAAAUCGAAUUCUUUUAAUGGUGACAAAGACUUCAACGGUUAUUACAAUGUUACGGCAAAAAACAAUGAAAAUGGAGAACGUGCUUCUAGGCCAAAUAAUAAUAGUUUUGGUAGCGGAUCAAAUCAAUCUAAUUCAUCUACUGCAAAUAUAAGGAAAUCAAACAAAUCUUCAUUCUACAAUAAUUCUAAUACAUCCCCCUUCAACGUAAAUCAAUCACGCACACGAUAUGCCAAUGCUAACUCGAAUUCCUCCUAUUCAUAUUCUUCAAAACGCAGCCGAAACACAAACUCCUCGUAUAACAACUCUUCGGCAGGGUCAACGAAUAGAAACUAUGAAUUAGCGAAAAAAUUUCUUUAUACAUGGCUGGAAUAUACUAUAAAGAUAUUGACUUGGCUGUUCUAUUUGAUAUAUGAUAUUGUGGUGCUUGGCUGUAGUGUGGCAUAUGAUCGUUUGGUGCACGCUGGUGAAUGUUGCUUUCUGUAUGCACAACAGUUACGAAAGGAUUUUAAACAAAACUCCAAUAAACCUAACAUUUGGCUGAAAAGUUACUGGAGACGGUUUGAUGCACGCUUUCAAAAGAACUCGCAAUGGGCCUUCUGGCGAAGUUUCUGUCAAAAGAAACCGCCUGAAAUUACAAAGGAAAGUAUGAAGAGUGGACGACUGCCGCAGACAGGUGAGGAGGCCAUGUAUUCUCUACUUAAUUGUAAAGGAAAAGAUGCAUAUAGCAUACUGGGAGUACCACCUGAUUGUUCACAGGAACAGAUACGUAAACACUACAAAAAAAUUGCUGUUUUAGUACAUCCGGAUAAGAAUAAACAAGCCGGCGCUGAAGAAGCUUUUAAAGUGCUUCAACGAGCAUUUGAAUUAAUUGGAGAGCCCGAAAAACGUCUUGCCUAUGACCAGAGUCUAGCUGAAGCUUUACACGCUGAAAAAGCAUGGACUGAGCUACACGAUUUGUUAUCACAAUUACAAACAAAAAUAACAGAAGCUGCCAAUACGAUAAGGUGUAGUACUUGUGGCUUAAGACAUCCCCGUCGAAUAACGGAACGGCCACACUACGCUGCUAGAGAAUGCGCUUCCUGCAAAAUUCGACAUUCUGCCAGAGAAGGAGAUAUUUGGGCAGAAACCAGCUUGUUGGGGCUACGAUGGAGAUAUCUGGCACUCAUGGAGGGUAAAGUCUACGAUAUUACGGAAUGGGCGAACUGUCAAAAAGGGGCACUUUCGCAUUUGGAACCUAAUUCUCAUAUGGUGCAAUACCGCAUUGUACGCGGUGCGCAACAACAACAACAACAGCAGCAACAACCAACCACUAAUUCGCCGAAUCACCAAACUCCGCAGCAACCGUAUUCUCAACAGCCAGGCCCACAUAAUGAUCGAAAUGGCAGUGGAAAGUUCAAGCGCAAUAUUCCAACGAGUGAGGCAUCAUUACACGAAUUUCUUGAUAGCUUGUAUAGUGGCCAACAUCCAAAUCCGGGAAAUUCGGCAACUUACUCGAACGCAUCACGUCGACGUACGCGUCGCAAUUGAUUCAACAUAGUUUGGAUUAGUUGUAAGCUUUCCUAUAUUAAUCUCUUAAUGUUUCUCCUUCAAACGUACAACUUUUUAUUAUUUCAUUUAUUAGUUAGAUGGAACAAAAAUAUAUUUUAACUGUAAAUAUGCAUUAUUGCAUUAUAUGACCACAGAAUAAUUUUAAUUAAACUCUGUUACGUGCAUACAUGUGUACAUAUUAACAAGUGACGUUGAAAUGCAUGCGGCAAUGUCUAUACAUAUAUACAUAUGUAUUAUCUUAGAGUUGUCUAUAUUCUAGUUUUUUUUUUUUGUUUCGAUGGCAUCACAAUUUCAAAGGAUAUACAUAUAAAUUACAUAUUUAAUGUGCACAUGUAAUUUUAUUUCUACAGAAUAUUAUAUCUAAUAUCUUCUACAAAAGAAGCAAAAACAAAACAAAAAAAUAUCAAAAUUAUUACAACGUCAAAACAACUCUAGCAAAAAAAACAGUUCUGGAAUAUAAAAAUGUCACACAUAAUUAUCCUCGAAACACUCGUGACUGCAAUAUAUGUAUGUAUAUGAAUGUUAUGUGCUAUGUAUUGGAUUUAAGUGCAUUUGAUGUAUAAUUAUUUAAAAAUCCAAUAAACUAAAUCAAUAACAUGCUAUAAAUGCACUGUUGUAAUCAUGCUGAA